GAAAUCUUGAUUUUCGGUCGGAUUAAAUUUUUCACAACAAUUUUUAUUGUAUUUGAUUAUUAAGUGAUUCGUAAAGUGAAGUACAUAAAUGAAUAAACGUGUUACCAAGGACAUGUACAUGCGUGCAGUACAUAAUAUUUUGUAUAGCAUGUACUAAAGAUAUUUCUGUUAUAACUUUAUCAAAUGAACACAAACAGUUCUUAACUUUCCUUCUGAUUUUGACCGCUUUGUAUUGAUAACCUUGUAUAAAUGUUGACUUUAUGCCAUAAUUACUUUAAUGUAACUCCUAGUAAUAAAAGUAGUAAGGAUGCAGGACAACCUAUUGACAAGAAACGAUACUUAUUUGGACUAUUCCUUCUUUUUGUUGUUGAUGUUCUCUGGGUUGUAUCUUCAGAAGUCACAAAGUAUAUUUACACAGACAUAAAACUAGAAAGACCCUUUCUUAUAACUUAUGUUCGAAGUUCAUUACUGUUUGUCUACCUGGUAGUGCUGUGUUUCUCACCUCCAACCAGAGACCCGUGUCGACCUGCUGAUUACACUCAAUUAUUGGAACCAACAGCAGAAACAGAUGAUGAGAACUUCUAUAAUGAGUCAGGAACUAGUUUGGGCGACUCCACGUUCGUGCCGGUGCGCGCGGGCGAGACCGACAGCGACGACGCCGCGCCGCGCGCCGUGCGCUUCAACAAGGUGGCCGAGGUGCGAGUGAUGUCAGCAGCGCAGGCGGGCGAGGCGCUGCUGGCUCGACUGUCGUGGGCGGCGUCCGUGCGCGCCUGCGAGCACGCGCAGCGCCGCGCCGCCGCCGCCGCCACGCGCAGGCAUCUGAGACUGGCUGUGGUGUUUGCUGUGCCCUGGUUCAUAUCCAACUACCUGUACCGCCUGAGUCUGCUGCACACGUCGACCACCGUGGCCACGGUGUGCCUGUCGUCGACGGGCGUGUUCGCGCUCGCGCUCGGCGCAGUGUUCGCGCGCGCGCCGGGCGACCGCCUGACUGCCGUGCGCGUGGCCGCUGGGGUCGCGAUUGGUGGAGCUAUAGUAAUUCUAACAACGCUGGGCCCUAGCGACGACUGCGCCGCGGUGCUGGCGGCGCUGGGCGCGGCGGGCUGCUACGCGCUGCAUCUCGCGCUGCUCCGGAGAGAGCUGAGGAAGGCCGAGGGGAUCAACUCACCGCUGCUGGCUGGUCUAGUAGGCUGCUUCUGCCUGGCGGGCGGCUGGGCGCUGGGGGGGGCGCUGGCGGCGGCGGGGGGGGAGCGCGCGCCCCUCCCGCCCCCCGCGCUCGCCUCGUGGCUGCUGCUCGAUGCCGCUCUAGGACCGCCGCUCCUUGACGCGCUGUGGCUCUGGGGCUACUCUCUAACCUCAGCUCAGACAGCCACCUGGUCACUCUGCGCGGUGAUUCCCCUGCCCCUGCUGGCGGAGGCGUGGCGCGGUACAGUCGACUACAGCACGGUGGUGGCGGUAAUACUGGCGACGAUAGGCUGGGUGUUGGCGGCGGCUGACCAUACCAGCUCCGAGCACUGGAUGGACUGUGUGGCGGCUAGGUGGCGGAAUAGAGGGUUCACGGCAAUAAGGAACAUUCCUGAACUAGACGAGCAGUCGGAAGCGUUGAUGUCGUCCGACGAACCGACGUAGUACUGAAGCUACUAACAAUGGACAUUUAGUGAAAAAUGUGAUUCCGCACCCUGCCUGCGACAUCGCGACACCGUAGGGAAAAUACCGAUAGUAACCAAAGCAAGCAUUUCUAUGUAUAAGUUGGCGGUUUGUUCACUAAACAAAACACAGGUAUACUAUUUUAGAUUGAUUAAAAUUAAUAAUCUUCAUAAGUUCAAUAGAUGUUCAUUUUUAAUAUCAUAAAUUCAUAAUAAAAUAAUAAAGUACUUUACUGAUAGUUUCGUAAUUAGAUCAGCUAUGGAGCAUACUGUACCUUACCUAACUCGAAGGUUCCAUCAUGUCAUCUCCCAUUAAAAAUAGUAAAAUGACUUUACAUCAAACUUUGUUACGGAGAUGAUCUAUAGUAGUGGUAUUUUGCGGGAGCUGCAAGCAAAAUAAACACACCAAUUUCGCUUAAAUUAAUAACUCAGUUAUUAAUUGGUUUUUCAAACAAAUAAUUUAUUGUAUUAUCUAACCGAGAUUGUUUCAAUAUUUUUUUAUAAGACCUAUGUACUUUUUACUUUGACAAUCAUAUUUUAUUAUAAUUGGGUAUGUCGGUGGAACCUUUCAGUUGUAUGUACAGGAUAUACCUACCUGUAUUAAAUGGAUUUUAUCAAUAGGAUAUCAAUAGUACAAUACUUAGUAUUUCCAUUUUUAUAAGAUUAUUCCCUACCGGUGUUAUGAUAACUAACAGACAUUGCUUUCUUGUGUGAUGGCACUUGGUUUGAU